ACGAAUUUGGACGGCCGCCAAAACAUAGAGCAGCGAAACAAAAAAAGAAAAAUACCUUGUAACGCUCAAGUAGUGAAAUUCAAUGCAAAAGUGGAUUUUUUUUUUUUAAUUUUACAAAAAAAAAAAAUAUUAUUUUAGUAUUACAUACGUAACAAGAAAAACGAAAAUUAUGACUGAGUUAGACAAAAGUUCUCCAUCAACAGCCAAAAAGCUGCUAACAAACGCAGAAUGUCAACAAAUUCUAGCGAAAGCCUGCGGAAUGGAGUCCAAGUGGCAGCUAGAAGACUUUCUGCUGACGCCAGCCGACAAUGCAAAUGGUUAUCUUGGCGAAUAUUACCAUCUGCUGGUGCGGUACAGCGUCGCUGAGCCGGAUGAAAACAAAAAUCUGACUGUUGGGCGCGAAAUGCACGAACUGCUUGCUUUCGUGAAACGUGUGCCACAAGCCAAUGCAGAGCCAGAGAAGGAGGCGAUAUUUCGAAAAGAGGCGGGGUUGUAUGUAACACUCUUGCAGCGGUUAAGGAGAUACUCCACUGUUGCCUGGUCGCCCCGCUGCUACUAUGCACGCGACGAUCUAAUUGUUCUCGAAGACUUGGAAAAAUUGGGUUAUGCCUUGUAUCCCAGAGUAGAAGCAUGCCUUCCUGAAUACUAUUUGCGAAAGGUGCUACGAGCUUUAGCUGCACAGCACGCAUCCAGUUUAGCGCUUGAACACAUAGAAGGCGUCUGUAUUGGCGACAUCUACCCACAAUUAGACGAAGAGAUCACUGUGUCACAUCGUGUGCCCUGGUACACCACAGGGCUACGUGUCAUUCGCACUUUAGUUACAUCACAAUUAGAAGUACAACCAACUUCGGUUCGGGAAACCAUUGAAGCGCGUUUUGUGACUGCCAUUACAAGCGUGUAUAGCAUGACCAAUGCCUCUACUAAAUAUCGAAAUGUGCUUUGCCACCGCGACAUUUGGCGCGGUAAUAUCUUCUUUAGCGACAACACGGUGGCCACUUCGAAUGCGAACGAGUGCCCGGUAAUAUUCGUGGAUUAUCAAACUGCGCGCUACUGUCCGCCGGCUAUCGAUCUGAUAUACAUAUUGUUUAUGAACCUAGAUAAGGCUACAAGAAAAGCGGAAGAAAUAGAAUAUUUGCGCUUUUAUUACAAUUAUCUCGAGAGCGAUUGCGUUGCCAAUGGAUUUGCGCAGACAGCUGUGCCGCUCUCUUUUUCCGAUUUAUUGGCAUCUUAUGGGGAAUUUCAGUUUUUCGGUUUGCUUUACAGAGCGAUCGCCAGCACAAUUCUGAAUGUUCCAAGAGCGUUUGUAACCAAUUUUUACGUUCAUGUGGAACGCACUGAUGCAGUAUUAAAACUGAUGGAAGAGUAUCCCGACUUUGGAAGGUAUAUGGAAGAACAGAUUUCUGACAUAUUGCAGUUUUUGAGCGAAGAAAGCUAUGAGAGAACUAGUCGCUUUUGAUAUAUUAGAAUUUUAUAAUAAGAAAUAUUUAGUAUAUAGAGCUAUUUGGAUAAAUACGAUACCGAGAACAGAGGGUAUUAGGUUUGCCACGAUCUUUGUAAUACCCAAAAGGAUUACCUAAAAAGAAUAUAUAUAAAUUAUCAGAGUGGGGUGCUAAGUCGAGUUAGUCUUGUCGUUUUGUCUUUCCGUCUGUCUAUAUACUCACACUAAUUCCUCAGCUUUGAAGAUAUUGAUCUGAAAAUUUCUAAGGAGCUGUUCAUUUGUCGAAAUCGGCGAUAUCGAAAUACUAUAGCUUAUAGCUGCCAUACAACCUAAACUAUCAAAAGUAAAGUCUUUUUAUUUGUGAAGGCUAUUAAAGCUUCGUUGGAGAAGUUCUCGAGAAAUCUUGGUAACCGACUUCAGAAAAACAGUUUCGAGAAAAACGCGUAUAAAGAGGGAGCACUUAGCCUAGCUAGCCUCAAGUGAACAAGUUCUCAAGGCUGUAUCUCCGAAACUAUUACUGGAAUCAACUUGAAAAUUUAGGACAAUAUUCUAGAGGUGUUGUAGAAUUUAAUAAGAUAAUAAAACCAAUAUAUUUUAUAACCCGUAAACCCAUGCAACCCUAGUCAGAUCAUUAGGUCACCAUCUGAUCUUAAGUAAGUUAUCAAUUUCGGAAAUUUUUAAGUACUGAUAUGAGAUUAUGUGCUUGCCAUUUAAAUUAUUCUAUAAGAAAAUAAUGUUCCGACAAGUUUGAAUUUUCAUGUCAAACAAAUUUUAUUCAGUCGGUGUAGGCUAUGACCGGAUAUCUUAUAAUGUAAACUCGUAUGUAUAAGAAUUCAUCAAUGAAUAUACAUUUUAACAGCGCGAAAUUUGCCAACAUUUUUGUAAUUUUAUCUGAUGAUCUGUUAUAUUGAUAGUUAUCUACCUGGUGUUAGCAAAAUUUAAAUGGU